GCCGCAGGCAGUUUCCGGGGUAGUUGUGUGUGGGUGACAUGUGAGUCAGUGGAGCAGAGGACUGUGAUCUGCUGCAGGGCGAGGCUCUUUUACGAACAGAAUGUCGGUGGACUCCAUAUUGCACAGUGGGUACUUUCACCCCGUCCUCCGGGCCUGGCAGACCACGGCGACCAGCCUCAAUGCCUCCAAUCUCAUGUACCCCAUCUUCAUCACGGAUAAUGCUGAUGCGGUGGAGCCGAUCAACAGUCUGCCGGGGCAAGCUAGAUAUGGAGUGAACAAGCUGGAGGAGAAGCUGCGCCCCUUGGUGGAGGAUGGCCUGAAGUGCGUUCUGAUCUUUGGUGUCCCGGGCAAUGUCACAAAGGAUGAUCGAGGAUCAGCAGCUGACGCAGACGACACACCGGCCAUCCUGGCUAUCCAGGAGAUCCGCAGUCUCUUUCCCCAGCUGCUCAUAGCUUGUGACGUUUGCCUGUGUCCUUACACCUCCCAUGGACACUGUGGAAUCCUUCGAGAAGAUGGCAGCCUCCAGAACGAGGCCAGCUGUCAGCGACUAGCCGAGGUAGCUCUGGCGUAUGCACGUGCAGGGUGUCAUGUGGUUGCGCCCUCCGAUAUGAUGGAUGGGAGGAUUGGAGCCAUUAAGAAGGCGUUAAUAUCCAAUGACUUGGGGAAUAAGGUUUCGGUCUUGAGUUACAGCGCAAAAUUUGCCUCUUGCUUCUACGGCCCAUUCAGAGACGCGGCUCAGUCCAAACCUGCGUUCGGAGACCGGAAAUGUUACCAGUUACCUCCUGGUGCAAGAGGACUGGCCAGCAGGGCGGUGGACCGUGAUGUACGUGAAGGUGCCGACAUGUUGAUGGUGAAGCCUGGAAUGCCGUAUUUGGACCUUGUUAGAGAAGUUAAGGACAAGCACCCUGACCUCCCGCUAGCCGUGUAUCACGUGUCGGGGGAGUAUGCCAUGCUGUGGCACGGAGCACAGGCCGGAGCCUUUGACCUCAAGGUAGCGGUAUUGGAAGCCAUGACUGGAUUCAGGAGAGCGGGCGCUGACAUCAUCAUCACCUAUUACACCCCGGAACUCCUCAAGUGGGUGAAGGAACUGUGAGGUGGACAGAACCCACGUACCCGGAUCCAUGUGCAGCCUAGAGAUCCGACGCCAGGGCUUCAGCGCUCAGAUCCAGAUUGUACUGGGAUAGUCUCGCUAUGAUAGACUUGCACUAAGAGUACCAUUAACCCCUUCAUACUGGGUGCCAAUGGCACAAUAUGAGAUCUGUGUCCUGGUCGCCAUCUUGCUCCCUUUCUGGCAGCGCCGACCGCCAGUGUUAAAUGAACACCGCCAGUACUUGUGAUCUGUGAGUGACUACACCAGGUCUGUACAAUAGUGUGCAGACCCAGAGUAGUCACCCGUUGCUAAGCAACCGCCUGAGCAGAUUCUUCAUUGACACCCCUAGUCCACGAUUACCAUGGGAAGCUCCCGGUUAUUAGAAGAGUUUCCCUUCAAGAAUUGUGUUUUCUCACCUCCUUCCCCC